UACAAGCUGGGAACUCACUUAGGUAUGAUUCCCCCUAGCUCCUCAAUUAGGUCCAAGUUGCAAUUACUUUUGGUUGGUCUACUAUUGAUUAAACUGCGGAAGAUCCGACAGUAGCUUGGAAUCUCUUAAGCUGACCAAGCCCUCUUAGUCCAACUACCCGGCAGGCGACUAACCUUCACCGGGAUAGAAAGCUGAGGCUAUGAACACAGAACUCCACUACCGGAAUUGGAUUCCAGUACAAAGCAGUAGAUUGACUAACUCUCGUAUAACCAAUUCACCACCAUCAAUCAAGGAAGCUCUCUUAACCUAAUCAGAUUCUAUCUAUCAUAGGUUAAAGCAGAAAUUAAGAGAAUUUGAUCAAGAUUCAAUUGACUCAAUAAAUCAUGCCUCAAUCGAUUAUAAUCAAACAAUAUAGCAUCCAAAACUUCAUACAAGAAAGAUCCUAACACAUGGAACUAGGGUUCCUCAAAACCUAAGUGAAGGGAAGUUACUCCAUACAGAAGAGAGAGACUGCAGAAAUCUGAUCUAGAUCUUCAAUCUCCAUCUCCAAGCUUGAUUCCCGAGCUCCAAUGGCAAAGAAAUCCUCCAAAAUAGAUCCAAGAAUGUUCCCAAGUCGCUCUCUCUCUCUCUAGGGUUCGUCCCUUGGGUGUUUGGGAUCCAAAAACCCAGCUCGCCCCUUUCCUUUGGCUGAAAAUCGAGUUUUCAACAGAAAUUCCCGAUCACGCGGCCAGGCCACAUGGCCGUGUGGCUUUCCCAGCUGCCCGUGUGAAGGCUCGGUGAUUUCCACACGGCCACGGCCCACAAAGCCGUGUGGAAUUCCAGGAUGCCCGUGUGGCUUGCUCAGCCUCUGUUUAAUGCCUCGUUUCUCCCUCGUCCGGACUCCGAAUCAGUCCCUGUUUGAUCCCAGAUGCUCGUAGUCUCGUCCUCUUUCUUUUCAUGACAAGCUUGAAUGAUUAUUUGUCCAUAAAGUGAGGUAGAAAUCCAUUCUUCUUCAGGUCAUGCCCUAGUUUCUUCUCCCGAAUCGUCAAUUGAUCUCUGAUUAAUUUGAAACUUGCGCCUAUGCUUCACUUUAUGUGCUAGGACCUGAAAUAUGACAAAGGAACACAACCUAGCAUAAAAUAGGACAAAGACGCAAUAAUUCAAGCUCAAACAAUCAAGUCCUAUUUUAUGCUAGGUUGUGUUCCUUUGUCAUAAAAUAGGACAAAGACGCAAUAAGCUCAAACAAUCAAGUCCUAUUUUAUGCUAGGUUGUGUUCCUUUGUCAUAAAAUAGGACAAAGACGCAAUAAUUCAAGCUCAAACAAUCAAGUCCUAUUUUAUGCUAGGUUGUGGCCGAGUCAUCAAGGACCGUGCGACCAAUGCUGAUCGGCCACAGGUGCACCCAGUGGGACUAGAUGGGCCGCAGGAAACGGUUUGUAGGUGGGAUGGGGCAACGAAGAGUGGUUCGCAUUCAGCUGGUGGGAUGGUUAUUAUGAAUCAGGCUGGGGAGAUCAUUUUUGCUAAUGGGGUCCAAUUUCGGAUGAUCUAUGACCCUCUGGUGGUGGAAGUCCUGGCCCUCCGUGAGGCGGUUAAUUGGUGUCGUGAUCAUGCAUUCACGGUGGUUCGGUUUGAAGGGGAUGCCAAAGUGUUCAUAAAUAAGAUCUUGCUUGCUGAUGCCAAGGAUAACCGAAUGGGAGCGAUUCUUCAAGAGGUCAUUCAAUGCUUUGCCAGUAAUCCGGGGUUUAGUGUGAGAUUUGUAGGUUGGGAUAAUAAUAGGGUAGCCCACUUAGAGGCUCGGAAAGCCCUCUCUUUGUAUCCGUCUAUGAGUCGUGUGUUUGAUUAUCAGACCUGGCUGAAUUCCAGGAUGUAACUACCUAUUUUUCUGGUCAAUAUAUGAUUAUCUUUUGUCAAAAAAAAAUUAUUGAUAUCUUCCACCUCCCUCCACUAUUGUAACCACGUGUUGAGAAAGUACUUGCAGGUCACCAAAAUUAGAUGACAGUGGCACAACUUAGAGAAACUCUUAUGCAACAGUAAUCUACUUAUAACUUUAAUAAUACUCAUGGAUGUUUUCUAUGCUAAUUAAGCAGCGAGCAUUUUGCUUAGAGUUGAGAUUGGGUUGACUCUUAUAUCCGAACCAAUCCAAACCGUUGGGUUUUGAUUUUAUUGGGUGGGUUUGAGUUUCAUGUUGUGUAAACCGUGGUGUAUGGAUUGGGUGACGAAAGUGAUCAAAACCCGACCCAUGUACACCCCAAAUUAUAGGAGUCCUUUAUUGUACUCUAUAUAAAUCCUAUGCGAUUUCAGUAACUAGACACAACAAUUCCACCAAAUUCUGAUUUAUCGACAGUUUCGCUAGCUAAAGAGUCCUUGUAGGUUGACGGAAGCCCAUCCUAACAAAUCGACAACACGAACAUGCCGUUGUUUUCAAGGAGGUGAUGAAAACUAAAAAAGUUGGUGGCCACCUCCUCGAUCGAUCGACACCUAUUUGCCCCUCUCAUCCUCUCAGUUCAAGGAAGACAAGAAUUUGGCCGGCCAGAGGAGAAAAUCAGGGAUACCGGUGGUGUCAACAACCAAAAUGACCAGGAACACCGCCUUCAUCCUCCUCUCCUUCAUUCGGACAACCAUUAGGAUAUGUCAUAACCAGUUGGUCCCAAUAACUCGAGUUGUUAGGAGAGAUUCAAUCGUGUAUCAUAUACCACACACUAACACUGUCAUAAACCAGUUGGUCCCAAUAACUCGAGUUGUUGGGACCAUUUGGUUUAUGACAUGGUAUCAGAGCUGGUUUGGCCAAGUUGUCAUGUGUUCGAAUAUCCAUGAUCCCCAAUAUUAACAGUUGAUUAAAGCACAAGGUAUGGUGGGCGUGUGCAAACUUCAAACACGUGAGUGGGCUUUCGUUUGAGGGGGCGUGUAAUAGUGUGGUAUAAGAUCCAACAUAAUUUUCUCCCAACAACUCGAGUUAUUGGGUCCAACUAGUUUAUUACAUGGUAUCAGAGCUGGUUUGACCAAGUGGUCGUGUGUUCGUAUCUCCACUACCCCCAAUAUUAACCGUUGAUAAAAGCACAAGGUAUGGUGGGUCUGUGCAAACUUCAACCCCGUAAGUUGGCUUUCUUUUGAGGGGGAAGUGUAAGAGAGUGGUAUAAGAUUCAUAAUAAUCUUCUCCCAACAACUCGAAUUAUUGGGACCAACUGGUUUAUGACAAGAUAGACUGCUACAUUGACAGGGAACUGGGGCUCGGAUAGACCGCUACAUUGGGUAUUGGUUAUAAUCAUAGAUAUAGUAGUAUAGUGUUAUUGAGAUCUCGUCCAUCCUACCACGUACUUAUGGAGGUUAUUCAUCGUAACAUACUUCAUCCAAAAAUAUCAACUUUUUGAGUAAUUUUAGGAGGGAUAUUUUUGUCAACAAAUUAUUAGUAAUUAAAUAAUUAUCAUGAAUCUAAAAAACCAAAGUUUCCUACUUUUUCUAUCAUUCUCAAAGUUUCCGCAAGAAAAGCUUCCUCAUUCAUUUUCUCCGUAUAGAAUUUGGGAUAAUUAAUAAUGAUUAUUUUUAUAUGAAUUUAAUCAAGUUUUUUUAGAACGCAAGUAUACCAAUGAUAGGAAUUCUAGACAAAUGGCAGGCCAAGCCCAAAACUAGAACUAAUUAAACGUGAUACGAUUA